AUGCUAUUGAGACGAUCAAAAAGUCUUAAUAACAAAGAAAUACUUGAGCUUAACCCAGAGAUUGAACGAACGUGCCGUGCAAAUAGAGCAAGAAGAAGACAAGACACAGCUGAAAACAUGAACGGACUAGUUAAUCCCAAUCAAGAGCAAAGGUUACGUGAUAUUCAAAGGCCAACGGUUACUGCAAACCCGUCUUGUAUCCGUUUGAGUGAAGCAGCAAGGAACUAUGAGCUCAAAACUUUCCAUCUCAAUAUGCUGCCUCAGUUUAAUGGAACGGCUACUGAAGACUCACUAGCCUUUAUCAGAGAUUUCUAUGGUAUUGUGCAGACUUUACCGCUGAACAAUCUCAAUGAGGAUGAGCUAAGGACGAGGUGUUUUCCUCAUUGUCUGAAAGGAGACGCGAGACAGUGGCUAUUGAACCAGCCAGAAGGUGUUUUUCUCACAUGGGAGGAUGUCUACAAUGAAUUCAUGCUGAGGUUCUAUUCACCACAAAAGACCAUGGAUCUCAGGGCAAAAAUUUGCAACUUUGUGCAACGGGAUCCAGAAUCUUUUCAUGAAGCAUGGGAAAGGUUUAAGCUGCUCUUGACUCAAUGCCCUCAUCACCAAGUGCCAGAAAAUUUGCUGACUCAGUUUUUCUAUGAUGGCCUGAAUGUUAAUUGUCAAACACUGGUUGACACAGCUUCUGGAGGUUAUUAUGGAGAUACAACAGCUGCAGAACUCAUGAAAACUUAUGAAAAGUUAGCGAUGAAUUCGAGGCAGAAGGCAAUCAGAGGGAAAAGAGCAGGAGUAUAUGAAAUCAGUUCUCAUUCUGAUCUCUCAGCACAAAUGGCUGAUUUAACCAAGCAAGUCAAGAUGCUUGUAGACAGAGAUACUUCCAAUCAAGAGUCGUGUGCCUUUUGUGGGAUGUUUGGACACAAUGCAAAUGUGUGCGCAAACGUUGAAUCGGCACCACCAAACUGUGAGGAAGCCAAUUUCAUGGGAGCCUUCCAGGGUAGACAAGUCAAGAAUGACCCUUUCUCAAACACUUAUAACCCUGGAUGGCGCAAUCACCCAAAUUUCUCUUGGAGGGAUCAAGGAGCGAAUAGGCAAGCACCACCUCCGGGAUUUCAGCAACAAAGACAAGUUCCUCCGCCUCAACAACAGAAUAAUCCGGACAGGAAGCCUUCUGUGGAAGAGAUGAUAUCUCAGUUUUUAGCAACUCAAGAUACCACUGUUAAGAAGAUGGAUGCAAAAAUUGACCAGUUGGCACAGUCAAGUCAAGCAUCAAUUCACAAAUUAGAGUUGCAGCUGGGUCAGUUGGCAAGAACUGUUGCUGAACGUGAACAAGGCAAACUCCCUAGUAAUACUGAAAAUAAUCCAAAGGAGGGAGUUAUGGCCAUCAGUCUCAGGAGCGGGACUCAGGUGGAGACUGGAAGCAAGGGCAAGAAAGUAAUUGAGAUUGUCGACGACGGGGACGACAAGGAAGAGAGUGAACACGAUGCAAAGCAAGGGAAUAAUCUUGAUAAGGAAGUGGUGGCUGCUCCUUCAGUCAAACCUUAUGUUCCACCUAUUCCAUAUCCACAAAGGCUGAAGAAGAAAACUACUGACAACAAUUUUCAGCACUUUCUUAAUGCCUUUAAAAAGAUUGAGCUUAAUAUUCCUAUUUUGCAGGCCCUUGCUAAGAUGCCUUCCUAUGCCAAGUUCUUAAAAGAACUAGUUUCCAACAAGAGCAAGCUAGAGGAGUACGCCACCAUUCGAUUGGAGAAGGAACAUCGCCCUAGUGUCCAAGGACAAAGAAGACUCAACCCGAACAUGAAGGAGGUUGUGCGGGCUGAAGUGAUUAAGCUUCUUGACGCAGGAAUCAUCUACCCUAUCUCUGAUAGCGCCUGGGUGAGUCCUGUGCAAGUUGUACCAAAGAAAGGAGGCACAACCGUGGUCAAGAAUGACAACAAUGAGCUGAUUCCGACGAGGAUGGUCACCGGUUGGAGGGUAUGUAUCGAUUAUCGCAAACUGAACGCGACCACAUGUAAGGACCACUUUCCCUUACCUUUCAUUGAUCAGAUGUUAGAGCGUUUAGCUGGGCAUCAAUUUUAUUGCUUUCUAGAUGGCUAUUCGGGUUACUAUCAAGUGCCUAUCGAUCCUGAACAUCAGGAAUAUACGACAUUCACAUGUCCGUAUGGCACUUUUGCGUAUCGCCGAAUGCCAUUUGGUUUAUGUAAUGCUCCAGGUACUUUUCAGAGAUGCAUGAUGGCUAUAUUCUCUGACAUGGUAGAAAAGAUCAUUGAGGUCUUUAUGGACGAUUUUUCUGUAUUUGGCUCUUCCUUUGACGUUUGUUUAUCCAAUUUAGACAGGGUAUUAGAGCGUUGUGAAGAGACCAAUUUAGUUCUGAAUUGGGAAAAAUGCCAUUUUAUGGUACAAAAUGGAAUCGUCCUUGGGCAUAAAAUUUCAGCUGCAGGUAUUGAGGUCGACCAAGCGAAAGUGGAGGUAAUAGAGAAGUUGCCACCUCCAAACUCAGUGAAGGCAGUAAGGAGUUUUCUGGGUCAUGCAGGUUUUUACAGACGGUUCAUUAAAGACUUUUCAAAAAUUGCUAAACCUCUUUGUGAUUUGCUGAUCAAAGAUGUUACUUUUCACUUUAAUGAAAGUUGUCUUAUUGCCUAUAACACAUUAAAGAAAGCUCUUAUUUCUGCCCCCAUUAUUGUUUCCCCUGACUGGUCACUCCCUUUUGAACUAAUGUGUGAUGCAAGUGACUUUGCUAUUGGCGCUGUUUUAGGACAGAGGAAGGAUAAAAAGUCACAUGUAAUAUACUAUGCGAGCAAGGUUCUCGAUAGUGCUCAGAUAAAUUAUGCCACUACUGAGAAGGAAUUUUUAGCUGUGGUUUAUGCAUUUGACAACUUUCGUUCUUAUCUUGUAGGUUCAAAGGUGAUAGUGUACACGGAUCACUCCGCAAUUAAGUAUCUCAUUUCUAAACAAGAUGCUAAGCCACGAUUGAUUCGAUGGGUUCUUCUUUUGCAGGAAUUUAAUUUCGAAAUCCGGGAUAAGAAGGGCUCCGAGAAUGUUGUAGCUGACCAUCUCUCUAGAUUGGAAAAUGGGAAGCUUAGUAAGGAGGAAACGGUUAAUGACGACUUUCCGGAUGAACAGUUAUGGGCAGCCCAAGAACUUGAGGUACCAUGGUUUGCUGAUAUUGUGAAUUAUUUGGUAUCUAACAUUGUUCCACAGGAGUUCUCCUACCAUCAAAAGAAACGGUUUCUAUCUGAGGUGAAAUACUACAUAUGGGAGGAACCGUUACUUUUUCGAAGAUGUGCUGACAGAAUCAUACGACGAUGUAUACCAGAGGAAGAAACUAGUGGGCAAGUAGAAAUAUCUAAUAGGGAACUUAAGUUAAUUCUUGAGAAAACUGUUAGUGCUUCUAGGAAAGAUUGGUCUCUUAAGCUUGACGAUGCACUAUGGGCGUACCGAACAGCGUUUAAGACACCUUUAGGAAUGUCACCAUAUAGGCUAGUGUUCGGUAAACCUUGUCAUCUCCCGGUAGAGUUAGAGCACCGUGCUUAUUGGGCUGUAAAAAAACUUAAUUAUGACUUGAAAACUGCCGGAGAAAAGCGUUUGCUACAACUUAGUGAGCUUGAUGAGAUUAGACGUGAUUCUUUUGAGAAUGCACGAAUUUAUAAAGAGCGAACUAAAGCGUGGCAUGACAAGCAUAUCAUUCGGAAAGAAUUUAAAAGCGGGCAAAAGGUUCUUUUAUUUAACUCUCGCUUUAAGUUUUUUCCAGGAAAGUUGAAAUCAAGAUGGUCCGGACCGUUCAUUGUCACUCGAGUAUUCCCUCAUGGUGCAAUCGAGAUUGAAGGUAAGGAUAACCAGCUCAUUAAGGUAAAUGGUCAACGACUUAAACCUUAUCUUGAAAGUGGGCAAAUUGAAAAAGCGUUUUCUGUGCUUUUUGAUGCUUGA